AUGGCGAUAUGGUCGCAAAAUAAAUACAUCAUUAGUCUCCUUAUCCUAAUCACUCUCGGUCACUGGUCCUUGAUCUUACAAGGUAUCCAACUGAAAGCAACCUGGGUCGACGGCGUGGGUUGCGCCAUCACCCAAACGAACAACACCAUCCUCGCUGCGACCUUCAUCUACUCAAUGUGUUUCGACCUUAUCAUUCUCCUGCUCAACACUUACAAGCUCCUCAAUUUUCAUGACAAGACGGUGAAUCUGCUUGGUCGGAGCUGA